UAUUGGCUCUUUGAUCAGCUUAUCGCAUUUCAGAAACCUUUCCAUAUAAAGUGAUUACCGCCCUGGAACUUCACAUUUUGCCCACAGCGGCGCACAGUUUUGUUUUAUUACAUUUAACAGAACCUGGAUCUUCAGGAUGUUGAAAUUCACUGUCAUCGUCCUACUAUCAGCUGCUUUUGCAUAUGGACAACAAGAACAAUUUAGUCCUGACAAGUUAGUGCGAUAUGACUACGAGGGACAGUUAUUGACUGGAAUCCCAGGGACAAGUCAAGAAUACGCCGGCUUAAAGAUCAAGUGUAAAAUUCUAUUACAGUAUGAUCUGGAUGUUGUUCGUAUGUUGUUAAGCGAAGUUUCUUUAAAACACUUGCAACAGAAAUUGGAACAACCUCUGAAGAAGCAGACUGACAGUAACUUUGUCGAUUUAUCCGAGAAAGAACUUCGAAAGCUGACAGCUGAGCUCCAGAAACCUAUUCAAUUUCAAUAUCGUGCAGGCUUAAUUUCUGAGAUCGAGGCCUCGGGUAACGAGCCCCAGUGGUCUAUCAACAUGAGACGUGGUAUACUGAAUUUACUUCAAGUCAAUUUAGAAGGCGGCGAUAGCACUGAUAAUCCUAUUAAUGUCAACAAAAUCAAGAGAGAUGAACUCCAACAAGACAGACUUUUCAGUGUCAUUGAGGAAGGAGUCAGUGGAGAGUGUGAAUCUCAAUAUGUCAUCAAACCAUGGACAUCAAUCCCAGAAUACAACAAUGGACAACUAACAGAAAUAUUCAGUGGCUAUAACGUUACAAAAGUGGUCAACUAUGACAACUGCGUAGAUCGAAGCAUGUCUAGUACAGCUGUGAUGCGGGGUUUUAAGUGUGCACUUUGCGAAAACCAGAAGCUGUUGAGGUCAAAUGGACUCAUUCGACUGAACAUCACCAGAGCCCUUGAUGAUGUCGUAAUCGAUUCAGUUGUUGCCGAGGGCCAGCAUGUUUUCACUCCUUACAGUACUGAGGAUGGAGGCAUCGUUACUUUCAUUAACCAAACGUUGAAGCUUGUUUCUUUAGAACGUGAGGUCAUUCCAGUGGAGCAAUUAAUUCAAGAACCAGAAAACAAACAGCUGAAAGGUGGACUCAAAUUUGUCUUCCAAACGAUUGGAGAUCAAGUGACACCCAGUGUUGCCUCAGAUGUAGUAACAGAAAAAGAGGUAACGUAUCUGUUGAAGUUAUUGGUCGGAAAUGUUCUCGAAGAUGAGUUGACAGAAACUACUCCAGGUCUUUUCCUGCAGUUGGUCCAACGUCUCAAAAAGUGCUCACAAGCACAGUUAGAGGAUCUCGUGAAAGUAUUUAGUAAAGAAAAGCCUUUAUUCAGGGAACAAAAAGAAGUUACAGACAAAGCAGUAUACGAGAUGGAGAGGAUGAUGUUCAUAAAAUCAAGGAAGUUCCUUCGCGAUGCUCUUCCUCUUGUUGACACCAAAGCUGCCCAUACCUUGAUCAAAACACUCAUUGAGGAAAAGGAAAUCUCUGGCGACGAUGCUCAGCAAAUUUUAGCUUCCUUAGCUCUAACGCAAAAACCAACGCAAUUAUUUGUUAAUUCAACUAUGGAACUUUGUAAGAGUGAAGCUGUGAAAGAGGACGUUCAGCUGAAUGGUACAUGUCUACUCUCAUUUGGGUCUCUUGUAAACACAAUCUGUAAUGGUCAAGAGCAGGUUAUCAAAUGCCAACCAUGGGUAAAGGAGCACUAUAAACAGUUUCUUCUGGCUGGAAUAAAAAAAACCGAGCUUAACCAUGUUAAGCAGAUUUACCUGAAAGCUAUUGGUAAUGCUGGGUUGAUAGAGACACUUGACAAGUUAAAACAGUUGAUUGAGAACAACGAGGCUGAAGUUGAACUUAGAGUUAACGCUGUAUACGCUCUACGACGUCUCACAAUCACACAAUCAAGCAAGAUCAGGACAAUUCUCAUCCCAGUUUUCUUGAAUCAAACCAAUGCCGCCGAGUUGCGAAUCGCUGCCUACUACAUCGUAAUGGAGACUAAGCCUAGUCUAGCAGUUGUCGAAAUAAUUACAGAGGCUCUCCGUAAAGAAACCAACAACCAGGUCGGAAACUUCGUAUUUUCUCAUCUGACCAGCGUCAGCAACUCGACAAUACCAUGCCAUCGUAAUGUUUCUCUGGUUGUAAAACAAGCCCUUCGAUUUGCUAAGCCAUAUAACCUCGGUGCACAGUUCUCAAAACACAUUGUCAUCGGGAAAAUGUUGGAGGAUCUGAAACUUGGUGCCUUCUUGGAGUUAAACCACAUUGGUCAAAAGGAUUCUCCAUUUCCGCUGUCCGGAAACACCAAACUUAGUGUCAACAUCUUAGGGUACCAGACUAGUCUUGUUGAAGCUGGAUUGCGUAUGGAGUCUCUUCGCUACAUUAUAGACACCGCUCUCGGUACCACCGGCGAAAGUAGUCCUGCCAAUGAUGUAAUAGAUAAAUUGCUUCCCAUUAAAAAACGUGACAAAGAUCAAGAUCCGAAAUUAUUCAGCUACUUCAAACUUUUUGGAAACGAAAUCCACUUUGCUUCUCUUGACAAGCUGAUCAUCGAUUCUUUUAUCAAAAGAAGUAAGAUUAGAAAAGCAUUUAGUGUAGGUAAAGAAAGUGUUGGUGUUGAAAUGGAAAUGAAGACCAAAAGGAUCCCGGUUACCAGUGUACCGUCUGCUCCCAGAUUCCCGCUCUCGGGGCCAGUUGACUUCAAUAUUACUACACGCAGUGGAAUCGACAGACCUGAACAAUAUUUGUUCGACUUAAAACUGUCAACUGUAAACGUUUCGUCAAAGUUCAUCAAAGACUCAAUGAAGAUGAAUAAAUUCCGACAAUGGAUCACAUCCAGCUCGAGUAGUUCAGAGGAGAUGGAGCCGAAUAGCGUUGAGGCUAGUUGGGGACUGAACAGCAGAAGCCACGAAGUAGAAUGGGCUUUUGUUCCCGCUUGGGAAGAGCGUAUUAAGGAAGCUAAGCAAAACAGUAUGGGCAAAGACCUUUCUAAGAGUCGUAGUGGAAGCCUGGAGCUUGAUGAUAUGAAACUGAGUAGAAGCCACGAAGAAAACACCGAAUCAAGAUUGGCUACCAGAGCGGUUUUGACGAUUGUUGGUAAUAAUGCAGAGGGAAGUACAGAUACUUCGAGACGCAAGAUAGUUACGGAACUACUAAUCAAUCAUAACGAAGAAGGAUUCAAGAGCGCCACAUUAGAACUUAUACAGUCCCCUAUUAAAGCUGGAUCCGAUCGUUCAUUUAUGAUGUGUAUGCAGAGUGAAAUAUUAUUUCCAGUUCCAGAUUUUGUUCUUCCAAAUCAGUUGCGAAAACGCCAAGACAGUGUGUUUAAUCGCUUCGGAAGACCGAGUCGCUAUUUUACAGAGGGAAAAUCCUUUUCUGAUGAAGGCAGCGAUGCGUCCACAUCCCAUUCUGGUCAAGCUGACUCCGUGUCUAACCUAAAGUCCGGUGAAUCAUGGUCUAGCUCAGAGUCUGGAGCUUCUGGCAAGCUGAGCGUUUCAGAUUCCAGUGAGGAACGGGUAGUGAAACACCUAAGCCUGGAGGAUAAAGUUCGAAUUAUGACCAAACAGAUCCGUAGCAAGUUAAACCUUCAGUGGGGAGUUAGCUGUCAAAAUGAUAAGAAACUCGAAAUUAAGGCCCGCUUUGAACAAAGCAAGAAACAACUAGAAGAGUUGAAGGACAAACAAAAUCCAGUACUGAUCCAGUGUAACAAAGAUCGUGAGAGUGGUCUCCGUUACAGUCCUGCCUGCUUAGAGAUAAUCCAACAGGAAAAUGAACUCCGAGAAAUGCACGUGAUGAUCACUUACGAUAACUUGCCGCUGUGGCUGAAGAAGCUGUAUUCUAAAUCUGUACUCCUUCUUGAAAAAGCAACAAUGGAUAAGUUAGUGAUCGAGAAUGUGGGGCAGAAAAACAAAGGAGGAGAGGUUUUGAUUUCUGGAGCUCUUGACAAAACAAAAACCAAGAUGGAUUUGGCUAUCAGGCACCCAUUCGAGACACUCAGAUGGCAUGACGUGCCACUUCCUGUUCACAUUGAACCAUUUUCAGCACGUUAUCCUCUUUUCAGUCAGUACAAACAGACGCUGACCAACAACAAUUUCCCACCUACUUGUAAAGUCGUGAAGGAUCAAAUCAAAACUUUUGAUGACCUUUCUUACAAAUACAACAUCACCACGUGUCCCCACGUCAUUGCAAAGGACUGCUCCUCAUCUGAACGCUACACCGUCACAGCUCGUCAAAGCCCAGGCCAGCCAGAAAAGAAAGAAGUUAAGAUUAUAUCAGAAGGCAAGACCAUAGAGCUCAAACCACUUAGUGAUAUUGAAAUCACCGUCAGUUUGGAUGGAGUUCCUCUCAAGAUCAAAGAUAACCAGAAGAUACUUAUUUUCAGCAAAGGUUCCAAGCGGGUAGAGGCAAUCUUUCCUCACAUGGAUAAGAUAGAUGCUUUGACGAAACAUCCAUCUGAGUCCCUCAGUGCUUCAGCGAGCAGCGAAGAGCGCCAUAUCGCUGACAUCAUGGACGAGGAACUUGCCAAAAUCAAUGUCUCUCUGACGCUCCCCAACGUAACAGUCAGCCCGCGUCUAACUUUAGGGGGACUCAAGCCAUCGACCGAUAAACCUAGGCCAUCAGAAGAGGGAUUAAAGUCAAAGGAAUCAAAGUCGAAGGAAUCAAAUUCGAAGGAAGUUGAUUCAUUGAGCAUGAGCAGAGAACAGCACGAGGAACGUGAAAUUGAUAUCGAAGAACGGAAAUACUGGCAAGAUUUUAGGCAUCGAAUGAAAACCAUGACAGCAGUAGACAGACCUAAAAGUGGUCGAGUUACUCAUGUCAUCAGAAGAAUGAAUGAAACAAUUGAAGUUGAGUGCGUUGCAGUUGGACUUAAAGUGAAAUACAACCAAAGAUACAUCAAAACACAGGUUUCUCCGUGGUACCAUGGGCUGCAAUGUGGUCUCUGUGGUGAAUAUGAUGGCGAGAAAACCAACGAUCUUGUAGGCCCAGAACAGUUAGCUUACCGUGACAGUCAAAUCUUUGGAAUAAGCUACCGUGUCCGAGAUGCUAAUUUGUGUUCACUCGACCCCGAAGUAGCCAACUGUCUUCCGAAGAUGAAAACCAUUGUCAUAGAUGACGUCGUAAUCGACAAUAUUGGAUCUACCUGUUUCUCCAAGAUUCCGGUGCCGAAGUGCGACUGUACCCCAACUGAGAUAAAACAGGAACUAUUGGAGUUUGCCUGUAUGGAGAAGGAUAGUGAUGAAUCGAUUCAGUUAAAGCAAAGGGUUGCUUCAAACCUUAUUGUCACUGAGGUGUCCAAACUAAAAACGGAUUUCGUUUCAUUGACUGACAGUCACCUUAAAUGCAGUCAAUAAAAUUAUAACUAAAAUAAAACACCGAAAUUUAUGAUUUCUCCUUACGUAUAGCUUCCCGUUGUGUAGAGUUAGCUUUAACUUGUCAACUAUCAGAAAUUUUUAAAGACAUUUACACGAAACGUUGGUUACAUUCGGUUUUACCUUACAACCAUUUUAUCUUUCUUUUCUGUUCAAACUGAAGUUCAAUUGGAUGGCGUAUUUCUAAGAAAAUGAAAAAUUUCUGUCAAAUAAUUUAUUAAAAUUUAAAUUUAAAAUUCUACAAUAAAAAACAUGAUGAAUAAAAUGUGUAACCGCGUUAGUCUGCUAUAGAACAAUAUAAAAGAAAUGGCAACAGCACUUUUAAGACUAAAUUGUAUAAAAGUUAAUCUCUGAUCCAGGCUUAUGCAUAUUAUGUUAUUCUUGUAAUAAUCUAAUCCCAUAUAGAUUUGUAGUUAAUUGUUAUUUUCAUAUUUAAAUAAAAAAAAUGAAUAGGAAGCACUUUUUUGACUAAUGAUGAAUUUUAUUUCACAAGCUUUCGCCCCAGUCA